AUGUUCUCGAACCUGUUCCGCCGGCGGCCUGUCGACCCCGCGCCCGCCUCGUAUGAGGUGCCUUUGUACACAAACGCCGCUUACUAUCCCAACUGGCGCAUCUACCGCAAGCAGCCUCCGUCCUCGCUGCGAUUGGGCUUCGUGUCCCAUGUAUUCUAUGCAUUCGCUUGGGUCAGAGAGGAUGGCACCGUCUACCUGAGUGACGAGUGGGCCGAUACCCAGAUGCCCGUCGAUGGCACCGAGGGCUGCCUCCGGGCCUUUGUGCAGCUGAAGCAGCAGUACUCGCAGAUGCGUGUCAUCCUCUCGGUUGGUGGCGGGGGAAAAGGUAGUGAGAACUUUGCCGCCGUUGCUCACAGUCGGUCUCGAUUGGAAACCUUUGUCCGCAGCGCACGGCAGCUGGUUGAUCAGUACGGUCUAGAUGGCAUCGAUGUGGAUUGGGAACACCCCGCCAACUCGAAAGAGGGCAAGGACUACGUCCGUCUCCUGUCCAAGUUGCGAGAGGUGCUCCCGGCACCGCGGUAUGUCCUGGCGACGGCUCUUCCGGCAAGCCAAUGGUUUCUCCGACAUAUUGACCUGGGAGCUGCGCACAAGCAUUUGGAUAUGAUUAAUCUGAUGGCCUACGACUUCUCCGGGCCCUGGGAGUCCGAGGCCAACCACCAGGCCCAGCUCCACGGCUCACCGAUCUCUGGCUAUUCAUCAGUUGACUAUGCGUUGAUGCAGGGAGUUCCGUCCCGCAAGAUCAUCCUUGGAAUUCCUGUCUAUGGGCGUUCUUUCCUCGGUUGCGCCGGACCGGGCCAGCGGUACGCCGGCCAUGGUGGAGAAGAUGGAGUCUUCGAUUACAGUGAUUUACCACGUCCGGGAACCCAGGAAAGCCGGUGCUGCAUACUCUGUCGGGGGGAUGGCGGGUUUGUCACGUAUGAUAACCCGGCGACAGUGCAACAAAAGGCCACUUUUGUGACCUCGUCCAAGCUGGGCGGACUGUUCUACUGGCACAUCUGCUCAGAUGCGCGAGGUCCACGCAGUCUCCUGGAAACUGGAUACAAUACCCUUCAUGAAAUGUGA